AUGGCAACACUGCUUUGAACUCAUUAUUCCGCUUGCUUUGAUUAUAAAAUCGCGUAAACUUAUUUUAUUUACAUUUAUAAUCUAAAACUUUCCGGCAGUGGUACUGUGAAUGACUUUGAUAUCUGUGCAACUGAUCGAGAAAGUAUUUACAUAGCACACAUUCGACAAUGAGCAGCAUAGGAAGAACCAGUACGAUUUUUCGAAGAAGGCCCAUCAGACUACAACAAAACAGAAGCAAACACGACUAUAACGAAAAACAUGCACCUUUGACUCUACUGACAGAAGACGAAAACAUGUUGAAGGACAGCGUUGCCAAGUUUUCCAAAGCCAAUAUAGCCCCGUACGUAAGAGAAAUGGAAAAUGACGGAGAAAUCAAAAAGUCAGUUCUGGAUAUGUGUUUUCAACAUGGUCUCAUGGGUGUAGGGAUUGAAGAAAAAUAUGGUGGUUUGGGUUACGAUCUAAUGGCCAACGUCCUAGUCAUAGAAGAAAUCGCCAAAGUAGACCCCGCCGUUUCGGUCCCGGUAGACAUACACAACACCCUCAUCAACACUGUCAUCGACAAACUCGGCACCAAAGAACAAAAAGACACGUACCUUCCCCGUCUCGCUCAAGACACGCUCGGUUCCUUCGUUCUAUCGGAACCUACGUCAGGAUCUGACGCGUUCGCCAUGAAGACGACGGCCAAGAAAGACGGAUCUGACUAUAUUAUAAACGGCAACAAGAUGUGGAUAUCCAGCGCUGGCAUAGCGGGUGUGUUCUUGGUUAUGGCAAACGCUAAUCCUAGUUUGGGAUAUAAAGGAAUUACUUGUUUUAUAGUGGAGAGAGAUAAUCCAGGCUUGAGUAUUGGAAAAGCGGAAGAUAAAUUGGGAAUAUGUGCUUCAGGAACCCAUCCAGUAAACUUAGAUAACGUGAGAGUACCACAAACGGCGAUAGUAGGAGAAGUGGGCCAAGGAUACAAGAUAAUCGCUGGAUCCCUAAACGAAGGUCGCAUAGGAGUGGCCGCUCAACAAAUAGGCCUAGCCCAAGGAUGCCUCGACAUCACGAUUCCGUACACUUUAGAAAGAACACAGUUUAAUCAACCGGUGUACAGCUUCCAAGGCAUGCAACACCAAAUAGCGCAGAUAGCUACAGAGGUCGAAUGUGCCAGACUGCUCACCUACAACGCUGCAAGACUUGUUGAUAACGGCGCGGAGUUCCAAAAAGAAGCUUCGAUGGCUAAAUACUUUGCAGCCGAAGUAGCACAAAAGACUUGUAUCAAGUGCAUAGACUGGAUGGGCGGUGUGGCUUUUACCAAAGCAGUAAUCUUAGAAAAAAUGUACAGAGACGUCAAGAUCGGAAGUAUCUACGAAGGAACACUAAACAUGCAGCUAAACACGAUAGCUAAAUGUAUCGAGAGGGAAUAUAGACACUGAAAUAUCGAGUCGUGUCUAAUAUCAUACUGAUUUAAGACUGAGAACUUCCGUUCAUGUGUUCAAAAGGUUGUUUUAGUUGAUGUCAAAUAAAAUAGAGAUUUUCUUUUU